CUUCUUGACCGUUUUCCAUUUUUGUCGUUUCUUAUACCGCACACGUUUCAAUACAAUAUUCUUAUGUUGGUAAACAUGUAAGAGGUAAAAGAAUGCAGCGAAGUUAGCUGCAUCUUUGAGUACUGCUCUCCCUUCCGGUUCGCUCUUUGGGGUGACUAAGUCUUAUUUAGUUUAACUGUAAUUAAAUCUUUCUCCAUCUUCCACUAUGAAGAUCUACAAGGAUAUUUUCACCGGUGAUGAGAUGUUCUCAGAUACCUAUAAAAUAAAGUUGAUAGAUAAUGUUCUAUAUGAAGUAUAUGGCAAGAUGAUUACUAGAAAGUCAGGUGACAUUGACAUAGCUGGAUUUAACCCAUCUGCUGAUGACGUUGAGGAAGGAACAGAAGAAUCUGUAGAAUCUGGUGUUGAUGUAGUUAUGAAUCAUCGGCUUCAAGAAACUUUUGCAUUUACAGACAAGAAAUCUUAUACCGUGUAUCUGAAGGAUUAUAUGAAAAAAUUGGUAGCAAAGUUGGAAGAACAAUCUCCUGACCAAGUGGACAUUUUCAAGACAAAUACAAAUAAAGUAAUGAAAGACAUAUUGAGUCGUUUUAAGGACUUGCAGUUUUUCACUGGUGAAUCUAUGGACAUUGAUGGUAUUGUUGCAUUAAUGGAAUAUCGCGAAAUCGAUGGUGAAUCUGUGCCAGUACUCAUGUUAUUCAAGCAUGGUCUUGAGGAACAAAAGUUCUAAAUAAUUUUAGGUAUUCAACAAAUUGUGGAAAAAAUAUUAUAAACUCAAAUCAAGACUGUACACACGCUGAAAAGCUUGUGAAAUUUAGUUAAAGGAAAACACGAUUUUACUUCCAAACUCAUUUUAUAAUACGGUUAACUUAUUUGUUUAAAGAACGAUUAAUGACAGUCUCAAAGAAGAUAAUAAUUGUACAUAUAGCCUGACUGAAGGGAAGAUAAUAUGGGGCACAUCAUCCCUUCAAUUGUAUUAUCUAUCUGAUAGCGCUGUAGCGUAUGUAAUAUUGUUUUCUACUUUCUUUUUUAUCGGUCAUUUAUUAGAGAAUUUAAUUUAUAAUUCAAAAUGGAAGAUGGGGAAAGAAG